UCCAAUUUACAUUUUGUAUAGACUAGUGCAUGUUGUAGUGUAUUUAUUUUGAAUAAAUAGUGUGUUUUUUUCAUAAACAGGAUGUUCAUAAGUGUUCAACUGAUUAUUGUUUUCCUCGUUUUGGUAGUUAGUGUAAUAUCGAGGGAUAAUAUUUGCGACCAACCGAAAGUUGCUGGACCAUGUCGUGCGAGCUUAAAACGAUUUCAUUAUGACGUAAAGACUGGUCGGUGUAAAAUGUUUGUCUAUGGUGGUUGUGAUGGCAACGAUAACAAUUUCAAAACGAGACAAGACUGUUUUGCUACCUGCAAGAUACGAGUUUGUACACUACCAAAGUUGAGUGGGACAGGUCAACUGUCUAUUACAAGAUGGUUUUACAAUGUUGAAAAUAUGCAGUGUGAAAAGUUUAUAUAUAGCGGAAGACAAGGCAACAAGAAUAAUUUUAGAAACAAAAGGAAAUGUGAACGGCUAUGUCAGGGCAUCAAGAAAGAUUCAUGUGGGCCACCCCGAGAUUGCGCUCGACCUCCACCAGGUACUUGCGUAGAAUCCAUAUAUGAAAUCAUCAAUGGAGAGAAAUGUUUCGCUGGGUGCACAUAUCCAAGGUGUAAAAAGGGUUCCUGUCCGAAAGGCGCUCCAGGACCUACGUGUAGUAAUAGAUGCAACGCCGGACACAACGGAGAUGACCGAGACUGUCCGGGUGAUCAGUUGUGUUGCAGUGGAGGAUGUUGUCGGGAUCCAGUUCUAGAACCGAAAAUUGGUGAUUGCCCUGCAGAUCCAAAACCAAGAACUUGUCCUUUGAAACCAUCCGAAUGUCAACUAGAUGGUCAGUGUAAUGGAAAACGGAAAUGUUGUAGAUUUACGUGUCGGAAGUUUUGUGUCGAUCCAGAUGACAAAUAAUAAAAUAUUGUAAUAGAAUAGUUUUUUUUUGUGUCUUACGGUUUAUGUAUUACAGAUUGUAUUUUAAUUUUCACAGUUGUCUGACGAUUACUUAUAGUUAAAUAUACAUGACGCUUUUGAUUUAUUUUUGUUAUCGUGCAACUUGUUUUUUUUUUUUUUUUUUUUUUUUUUUUUU